AUGAACCAAGACCACGUCUCGAGACACAUCCAGAACGACGCCUUGAUCUGUGAAUACGGCCAGACCCUCUCCGCCAAGCACCACCACGACCGCUCUCACUUCCCACAUGUAGCACAGACCAUGAGAGAGCUCGGGAGGUUUGUUCUGGCCGUCAAAGAACUGGACAGCAAUGUGCAGUUUUUGCAGGAUCUAUUUCUCCAAAACAAGUUUGAUCUGGUUGUGGAUGUGGCUAAAAAGACUAUGUGUUUUGAGAGGCCUUCGAGCACCAGCAAAUCCUCGUCACUGGUCUCAAAGAUGGGAUCCUCUCUGAAAGGAGCUGCUGAAAUGGCUUUGAAAGGAAAUCACCUGAAGGACAAAGAAUCUGAGCUCCAGAUAAAGUCUUUCAUCGACCUUCUAAAUGCAAAAUGGUACUCGAGUUUUCCCCCCUACACUCCCUCACCUGUAAAAGACAUGCUCCUCAAAGUGGAUGCUUCCACAGUGAUUCCAGACUUGGUCAAACUCCACCACUUCAUCUCCCAGGAGGAGGAGGAGGCCAGGAGGGACAUGCUGCACAAGCCAACUUUGUCCACAUGGAAGAAACUGGGAGAAGCCACGUUAGCAGACGUGUGCCUCUUCAACCGCCUCCGUGUGGGGAACAUCGGCCGCCUGCUCUUGGAAACCUACACUUUUAAAAGGAGCACUGGAGUGUUUGAGCCCUCUGCCGAGCAAAUCCGGAAAAGCACCAAAAUAGAAUUGGAGCUGGGUGAGCAGAUGAGCAGACUGGAGUUAGAAGGACAGUUUGGUAGGAGCAUGCUGGUGCUGCUGACCCAGAGGAUGGUGUCAUUAAUCGACCUCCUGGUGGAGCAUCGGGAUCAGCUGGGAGUAUCGCAGAGUAACCUGUACCUGUUUGCCCGCACUGAAGGCCCGUCUUCUCUCAGAGGACUGGACUGUCUGCGCAGGGCCGCGGUGGAGUGUGGCGUGGUGAACCCAGAAGCUCUGCUCUGCCCGUCGCUGAGACAGCAGGUGGCGAGUGGCUGGCAGCUCCUCAGUCUCUGUGAGAGCGACCUGGACAGAGUGUCUCAGCUGAUGGGCAGAUGCAGUCAGGAGUGUAGUCAGUUAUCCCAGAAUACAUCACUGUUGGAGGAGUUGACCAAGCAGCUGCUGCAGAUGAACCAGACCCCGUCCUUGGUGUCUAUGGCCUCACCAAAAGAGGGAGCCCAGUCCAAGUGUCCUGCAAAGAGAAGACCAUGGAGUGAACAAGAGCAGGCUGCCGUGAAGCGCUUCCUCUCAGAGUUCAUCAGUAAAAUGAAAGUUCCUGGUAAAAAAGAAUGCAAUGCCUGUUUAGCAGCUGAGCCAGAUCUGUGCAGACGCUCUUGGACUGACAUCAAAAACUACGUCCAUAAUACUCUCCAAACACUAAAGAGGAGGCAGAACCAGCCGGAGAAAGUAAAGCCUGAACGAACCCCAGUGAAGCCGAGAAAACCAAAGCCUGUCGUCCAAAGCCCCAAGAAGCAUUGUGAAGUGACAAACAACAACCACACUGUGACUGAGGAAUCGUCGUCUUUCCCUGCAGAUCCGUCUCCCGGUUACGUCCCCUUUUGCACAGCUGAAGCCGCUUUGGGCUACGGCAACUCUACAUCACUCAAUACUUUAGAUGCGCAGGUGGUUCCUUCGUUCGCUCAGCUGGGAACAAACACAGCCAUGCAACCACUCCAUUCACCCGAAAGCAGAUAUCUGACAUCACUUCAGGAUCCAUCCAGUGUGGACCUGCCUUUUGUAGACCUUGGUCUAGACAUUGAGCCACUUGCUUCUCAUGCAUCGCUCAAUUGUCCGACCACUUCCAUGCUUCCGACCUACACGACUCUAAGCACUGCCGUCUUCCCUCCCUACUCCACAGCCAACGAGAGAAACGAGUUUGGAACGCUGGAUUUCCCAAGCUCGUUUUUUAGCACUGCCCCUUUAUCACCCGUGGCUUGCACACAGGCCCCAGCUGAAGACUUUCUGUCAGCUCCCUCUGAACAGUCCACAGUUUACUCCACAAACUCUGCAGCUCACAAUGGAAGCACAAGUCGUGAGGAGAAGCUCGACUUCUCACCAGGGCAGCUCGCAGACCUCCAUCUUGUCAAAGUGCCUGGCAAAAGGGAGGCAUGUUGGAACAGGCUCUCGCUGCAGCCAGAGCAGCAGAGGGGGACUGAGGAUGAUCCCAAGGACUUUGUUUUGCUUGGGCAGUGCACACAGACCUUACAACAUGAGUGGGAUCCUCCUGAUGGCAGUGGCAUGUCCCUCAGCAUGCUGGCUGCAGCUGGAGGUCAGGACGACAUUCUGAGGCUGCUGAUCAGGAAAGGAGUGAGAGUGAACGGGCGGCAGAAGAACGGCACCACGGCUCUCAUGCAUGCAGCCGAGAAGAACUUCCUGACCACAGUGGCCAUCCUGCUGGAGGCUGGGGCCUAUGUGAACUCUCAGACGUUAGGAGGAGAGACUGCACUGAUGAAGGCGUGUAAGAGGGCCAACAUGGACGUGGUGCGCCUCCUGCUGGAGUAUGGAGCAGACUGUAACAUCAUGUCCAAACACGGGAAGAACACGGCCAUGUACUUUGCAAAACUGGGAAACAACCUGAUGGUGUGCGACCUCAUCAAGGACCACAGCACCAUGCUGUGCAGUGUGACAGACGAUGUGAUCAGGACAUACUUCGAGUCCCGCCUGGCCGUGCUGGAGCCUCUGUUCCCUUUGGCCUGUCACAGACUGUGUGAGGGGCCUGACUACUUCAUGGAGUUUGGGUUCAAGCAGCAGCCACAAGCUGAAGGAUCCGGGAUCAUGCUGUUCAUUUUCCACGCCAACUUCCAGAACGAGAUCACAGCUCGUCUUUGUGGUCCCUGCGCGGUGCACGCCGUGGUCCUGAACGACAAGUUCCAGCUGCCCAUAUUCCUGGACAGUCACUUCAUUUACUCGUUUAGUCCUGUUCCGGGCAUCAACAAGCUCUACAUCCGGCUGGCCGACUCUCCCGCAGCUAAGCUGAAGCUCCUCAUCGGUGCCUACAAAGUUCAGCUGCUGGGGACGUUCUGA